AUUUCGUCAUCUCAUUGCUCGUGGUCGGGUCACGGUGAGAGUACCAGCUGGAAAUUAGCAAAAUGAAGUAUCUGAUCAUUCUUGCCAUCAUCGGCGCUGCGGUCGCCGGCCCAGUUCGCCCCAAGCGCAGCUACGGCCACUACGAGCCCAACCUGCUGCACUCCAGCUCCCUGCAGUCCAACUCGCUGCAGCAGACCCAGUACCAGUCCACCUCGCUCCAGCAGCACACCUACCAACCUUACCAGGCCCAGCUGAUUAGCCAACCCAGCUAUAAUGUGCAACCCGUAUCGUGGCAACCCCAACAAACCUAUGUGAGCCAGCCCAAGGUAUACACCGUACCUCAGCAAUACGCCGUCCAGCAGCCAAUCUAUGAGCAGCCCAUCCAGACCGUGCAACACAUCCAACCAGUCGUGCAGAACAUCCAGCCAGUGUACUCUACCGUCCAGGAAUACAGACCCAUCCAACAAUACAGACCUGUCCAGGAAUACAGGCCUAUCCAACAGUACCAAACUGUUCAACCAAUCCAAUCCUACGCGGUGCCUUCCUACAACAACAACGGGUGGUCUAGCGACCCCUGGUGCUAAUUUUAAAACGUAAUUAACUUGUAUUCGUUUGUUAUGUUUUGUCCUGUGUUUCCUUAUGUGAAGCUAUUUAAGAAAGAUCGUGACAGAACAUAAAUACCACGGAUUUAAGUUUGUUGUAACUUUUAAUGUUUUGUAAAGACUCGAAAGCAAUAAAGUACUCCAAAAUACUCAUAAUAUAAGAAAUAUACGGGUGUAAAACUAAAUGAAGACGUACAAAUCAUAGACAUUAGAAUUAAAGAAAUUAUGUAAU